AGCGCAUCCUCCAAUCUAUGCCCGAGGCUCGAGACAUUUGAUUACCGUAAUCUAUUCCUGCCGCAUCCUGCACUUCAGCAUCACGCAGAUCCACAAUGGACCCACAGGGGACCCACCACUGCCCGCGCCAUGGCAUUCAAGCAAACACCGUCGUCUCUUUAGGCCAAGUUCUAGCAGCGUCUGCGUCAAUUGUGUACUAUUCACGCACGACGCAGCAGCAAACAUACCGAGUGCUACAGGCCACAUGUCUCAGCGUCUCGCUGGUGAGUCGUGGUCGUGCAUGCAGCCGACUCAGGCUGACGUUUCACCUGCCCUGUUCGUUUUCUCACUCCCGACGUUUGUUCCUUGUCCUCCCACCGGUCAUCGGCCGUGCGCGCUGAGUUUUUUUCUUUCUAGAAGCACUCCAGGUUUCUAGAAGGUUACCACAAACUGCUAGCACCACCACAAGUGCGCCGCUGUCGAUCUUUUCCGCCGAAGCAUCAUGUUUGGCGCCGAAGCACCAUGUUUGGCGCAUGAUGUUGGCGAAACAGUCUCCAUUCAUCUCCACCUUUCAUAGUGCGACAACAUUGUUGAGAACCUCACCAGAAUACCAUGGAACUCGCGUCGGAUGCACCUCGGGGGAUGUGAGGGCGUGUGAGCC